AAAAAUGCACCAUAAGGUAAUACAAUCCUUAUGUUGUGAUUAAGACAGAAGACAGUGUGCAUUUCUAGAGUUGCUGUUUUGCCACCAAAAAUCUGUAAUCAUGUCAACCUUGAUUCUGUUGUUAGCUCACAUUCUUUCUGCCUUCUGGAUUUGGAAUGUAAGCAGCCUAUUUUAUGAAAGCAAGAGUGACCUCUACAAGACUAAAUCUUCAGUCAGAAAUCAAUGGAUCAGUAUGCAGUGGCAGGCAAAAGAAGUCAACAAAAUACUGGAAGCCAUCAGGAUAAAUGCUGAGAGAAAGAGUGAUGGGAAGAAUAAUUUUCCUACUAUAUCAAAACUCCUCAUGUCCAGUUCUUCAGAACUUAGUGCAGUUUUGUUCUCCAGAUCUCAGAAAGGAAAUGAUGACAGUGAAGAAAUUACCCAGAAGGCAAUUUCAAUCAUUAAAUUGAAGGACCAGCUACCAAAUGAGGAAUUUGGACAAGAGGAAAUCAAAAACUUCAUAAAACUAAGUUGUGCAAAAUCAUGAAGGUACAGCAGAAGCUGAAUGUAAAACUGAUAUAGGCCAAACUGUACAAUAUUAGAUGCAUGGGGCAUUGAAUCACGUUUGCAGGGGUCUGAUUAAAGAUAGAGAAAUUAAACCAUCUCUUGUAGAAUAGUAAGUGGAUAUCUGGAAUUUGUUCUUACAAAGGAUUGUGAAGACAUCCAGCAUCAGUCAAAAACUCAUCAAACUCAUGUUCUCCCUAGAUAUUGUCUUUAAUUGUCAUUGCUAAGAGACAGAAUACUGAUAGAUUGGUCAUUUAUUCAUUUGUAUGUCAAAUAGAGAAACUGAAGCAAUUGAGCAAAACUUAAUGAAAGUAAUUGUUUUUAAUGUUACAAUCAAAGUUUUAUGCUGUGAGAAUUAGGUACUUUGUGAAAAGGAUUAAAAACUAGAUUGAUCCCUUCUUACACAAAGGCAGGAGAAUCUGAUUCAGCCCUUUACUGCAUGGUUAAGACCAUUUAUCUGGGAUAUGGGUGAACCUCAAGUUCCUGCUUUGUUAGGUUCAUGGAUGUAAAAUUUUGUCUCAGUCAAAUUCCCUAAUAACCAAAAGUAGAUCUGUCAUGUUGCAACAUCCUCUUCCAUAUGAAGACUUUCAGUUUCUGUAAGUCAAUUGGAUUAGUAUUGCAUAGAAAUGACACUUGUUCUUUUUGUUCAAGUGCAAGUCAGGAGCUGUUACAUGUGAUGUAUAAACAUAAGUGAUAAAAACUGAAUUCAUAGUUAUUUGAAUAGUUUUAAGUAGUUAUUUAUAGAGAAGCAACCUUCAGAGAAAAUCUUAAUCUUUCAUAAUAUUUUGUUACAUUUUUAGAUAAAGCUUAAAAGUAUUUCUUCAAUGUUCCUCUUUCCUCAUCCAGGAAUAAAGAAAAAACAAGAAUACAGCAACCUUAUUUUUAACCAGUCUAAUAAUCUCACUAUUUGACAGUAAUAGAAGUAUUUUUCAUUGCCAGAGUUUUCUAUGUCAGCUCUGAACAAGUUUUAUAAAUUAUUUUGCAGUGAAAGGACAUAAAGCAACAGCUCAACUUAAUGCAUAAGCUUUGUGAAAUGUUCAGUGAACAUUUGUUAUGGUUCACUUUCAGGCAGGAAUUUCAUUUUAUAUGCUAAGGAAACCAAGCCACAUAUGACACCAGAUUUUUUACUAACUUGAAAGAUUCUGACACAACUAUGCACAGAUAUCUCCUAAUUUGUUUAUAUAAUAAAUUCCACUUCACAUCUGGCUAGAGAAAAGUGGAAUAAACAAAUGAAGAUGCUGAAGGUUCAGGAGCAUAUGGCUGGAAAUUCUCCCAAGGCCUUGCUCUGACUCUCUCAUGGCCUUGCCAAUAUCAUUAUAAUGAAGGCUGAACAUGCUCCAACCAUUUUAAAACAGUCAGGGAUAGAAUCUAUUUUGAUUUAAGCCAAAUGUAAUUUAAUGAGCUUUUUAUUGGUUAUGAAUCUGCAAAUAUGAACCAUCAUAGACUAAUUCACAAAAAUGAGAUGGAUAUGGCGUGCAUUUUGUGUGGUCUUCCUAGCUAAAGCAUGCUGAAGAUAUGGAGGUGGCUCAAGACAGGCAGCACAGCUUCACACAGGGCAAGUCCUGCCUGACUAGCCCAGUGGCCUUCUACAGUGGAGCGGCUGUAGCAGUGGACAAGGGAAAGGCUAGAGGUGUCACAUGUCUGGGCUUCUGUAAAGCCUUUGACAUAGGUCCCCACAAUGCCCUUCUCUCUAAACUGCAGAGAGGUUGAUUUGAUGGUGCACUGUUCAGUGGAUUCCAUCCUUUGCAGGAGAGGUGCUCCAUCCCUCUGAUCAUUUUUGUUUGGGCAUCUGGCUCCAGGUAACCCUAGCUAAACCAUGAUCUCCUGGCAUCUUCUGCAACAUCAAAGCUAUUGAAUUUAAUUUUUCAGCAUGGAUAUGAACAAGCAUUUCUAGCAUCACAGCUUUUGCAAGUCUUCUUCUCUGAACCAAAUCCUUUAACCCCCACUAGCCAAUUUGAAUUACUAGCAGUUGGUUUUAUCAAUGCAGUGAAUCAGAGCACACUGCCUGAUUAGGAAAGAGGAAGAAGAGAAAGAAGCUAUCUGCUAGUAGGAAGAAGUGACAUCUUGCUAUCUACUAGUACAGAAAAGAAAAUGCUGAAUGCCAGGUCUAAGGGAUACAUGAAUGGAAUUUUUCAGCUGACAUAAGAACGGAGAUAGUGUGAUGAAAAAUUCAUUUCUCAUGACUUAUCAGGAACACUGCGGAAAUUCCUUUCUUUUGUUGUCAUUCCAUCCCACAGCUACCAUGUGAAAAAGAGGAAUGGAAGCUGUUGUCUUCUUCUGAAAGUGAAUAAAGAAGGACAUUUAUAUAGCAGAGGGUAAAAAGAGUAGGAUGUCAGAAUGGCAGAGAAAUUAGGAAAUCUGGAGUAAUGGCUGAAAAUACUCUCUUCAUAUUAUUCAUAUAGAGCAGUGUUAGUGUGCAAGAGAGUGUUGAGGCUUUAGAUAGACUAAAUAAAAUGUUCAAAAUAUUGCAAAUACUUAUCUUGAGAACUUAAUCUGAAUCAUAGUUAUUUGCAUUUGUGAACUAUAUUGGUUGCUUAAUUUUUCUAGAUCGCUUUUUGAUCAGUAUUUCACAGUUACUGAAAAUUCACUGAUAUCAUGAAGAUAUUGACUGAUAAAUUUGAACAUGAUAAUUUCAAAUGACAGCCAAUAUAUGGAGCCCCAGCUUAUUAUGUUUAUUACUAAUUCUCACUCAAAAAUCUGUGAUGUAUGGAACUUGAGUAUGCCUAAAGUGUCACAUAAGCAUAUUCACUACAAUGUUUUCAAAAUAUCUAACUUUGAUGUUUGGUUACUGAGGAAACCUCACCACAGGCACUGGGAGCUGCUGUUAGGUCCUCCUGAAGCUGUCACUGCUCCAGGCAGAGUCCAGCUGUUUAGCCUCUCCUCACAGUGCAAGUGCUCCAACCCCAUCAUCUUGGUGGUCUACCAUGAAUUUGAUCCAAAUGUGGAAGUGAGAUUUAUGAUUAAAUGUAGAACCCUCUUUUUAUUAUAUUUCUUUUUAAUGGGAAAAUUUUGACAUUUAUUUCUGUGCCACACCACUUUAUGGUUGAAAAUAUGCACUUUGCUAGGUAGCACCAGGAGUUUUUUUAAACUCACCUUUAGUAAUCUCUCACCAGUUACCCAAACCUUAAUUUUAAACUUACCAUUUGCUUGUUGUACUUUCUAUAAAACUGUAUGCAUCAGUCUUCUAGUUUAUACCCCCCUUUCCCUCAAGAGCUUUUGCAAUGGGGUUGAGAAACUGCUUUGUAAACAGCCCAGUUGUAUAAACAACAGUAAUGUGGUUGGCAAGCAAAACCCACGGCUUUAAACUUUAAACUUCCUUUCCUAAAUGUUUUUUAAAAUGUAUGGUUUUGGACAUAAAACUCCUUACAAAUAAAAAAUUUACAGUAAACUUUAUUUUCAUGUAUUUCCAUGAAGGACAAGUACCUGUCCAAAAGAUUUGUGAUGCUUUCUCCUUCAGAUAAUGUCAAUGCAACUUUUUAAAUUCAUUUAAUAUAAUUCUGAAUUCACAAAAUUAUUUGUGUGCAUAUAUGAGAGGCUCUGAUCUUGAAAAGAAGUUUGUAAGCACUCAGAUGGAAAUUCCAAUAGACACAGGCUUGGAAAAAUGUAAGAAAUUAGGAAUACAGUUCAAUUAGGGUGUACCUUUAAUGACUGAUGCCUCUGGAAGGAGUCAGGUAAUACCUCAUUCAGUAAAUAUGAACAUAUCUUACGAACAAUGGACACAACUCUCAUAUUUUUCACUGGUGCUGAAGAGACACUUUCUCUCUACCCUUGAAAUCCACACCAAACCUGCCCUGUUCCUCUGCUUAAUUUCUUCUUACAAUACCUAGAAAAACAAAAGCCUUCAUGGGGUUAAGUACUACAGUUUGUAGUGCUUAACUUUGUAGUUAAGUACGACAAACUAACUGGCUUGACAUAUCUAGUCCAGUGAAGACAUCUGUGGCUUAUUAUUACUUAAGAGGAACUGAAGAUACAGUGCUCUUGAGAAGUGACCAACAGAAAUUCAAAUCAGAAAUUAUGAGCCUUCAUUAUCAAUAGUAAAUGUAUUAGCAUAUGUCAGAGAAAAGUGCUUGUGGAGGCAGGAAUGAGACUUGUGUGUUUCUGUUAGGCUCCUAGCCCAAAUUUUCAAAUUUACUCUGAACUUAAGUGUUUCAGAGCACAUUACAUUAAUUUUCAUUUCACACUCCUGAAGGAGACAUUUGUCCCUCCUGAAGGUAUAGAUUCCACAAAUUUAAAAUUCAAACUCCACUUAGACAUUUAACAUGCAAAAUUUCUGUUUCCUUUGGGUAAUUUAUUCAAAUUCCUGAAUCCCCAAAAUUUUAGAAAAAAAUGUUGAAUUGCUUUAUUGAUAAACCAUCAAAUGCAUUUUUCUUCCUAAUGCAGAUUUUUUAACAGUUACAAUUAACUAUGAAAAAUUACUAUCCGUUCAUAGUGAGGGUCUUAAGUUUUAAGGAUAAAGUUGCUACAGCAAAGUACUUAAACAGUAAAUUGACAAGACAAUGACAGACCUUUUUUACUAUGAUGGAAGAGCUAAAAUAAAAAUGCUUUAAGGACAUAACAUAUGUAUUUUGGGGCAGACACUAGAAAUAAAAUACAUCAAACCAUACUAAGACCUACUUACGAGUGUCAGAGAUCCACAGUGCCACCAAGAUAAUCUUUAAAUAUAUUUUUGGGACUGUGUGGAAUCUUAAAUAUUAGAAUUUAAAAAGGGGAUUAAGAUGAUGGAUGUAUUAAAAAAAUAGAAAAUUAAGUUUUUACCUUGAAUCUAUUUUCAUAGUUUCAUUUUCCUUUAGUUUUAUUGUAGUGUUGACCAGCUCCUUCCCCUAAGCAUUAAAGUUAUGUUAGCUAGACACAAACUCAUGAACUCAUUCACCUACACUUUUCUAGCAAUAGAGAUAAGUAGAUAUUUUGUACUUGAUCUAGGCAGUCACUUUGUUUGGACAAAGAAAAUUUGGAUUCAUGUAGCUCUUUGAAGGCUUUUCUCUCUUUCAAUUUGCCUGUGGGCAUAAGGCAGGGUCCCUGUUUCUCCCAGGUCAGAUGAGCUGUGAGCAGGAGCACUGUUGUGGAAGGAAUGGAUAUUGCCCAGCUGCCCACCAGCUGCAGGGCUGCCACCUUGUGCAGCAGCACAACAAUUCCCUGCAGUGUGACAGCUCCUGGCUUCUUCAGGCAUCAGCAGAAAAUUGGUGAGAAGUUCAACUCCAGAAGAGGUCACCUGAAGCGAAGUAUCUCUGUGUGAGCCAGCUGGGGCUCCUCUUGAGCCAGCAAAGCCCAGGGGUGAGGGACUCAGCACAGCAGCCUAGAGAAAGGUAUCUAAUGCCAGAUGAGGUGCAGGGGGAACCCAAGGCAUCUGCAUGGGACAAUCAGAUAUGACACAGGACUGAUGAGGGCUCUGUCCUUCAGGCAACGUUAGAAAUCUGUCUGUGGGCAGCUGAAAUAGCCCCAAGGUGCCUACCUCAGUGUAAUAAACUAAACUGCUGUCUAGGGAUUAGAGAGUGCUUUGACUUCAUUGAUUAUAAUGAGACUUCAGACACAGCACCCAGGAGGGUGCCCAAAUUUAGUUCUGCAGACAAAAAGGCAGUUCAUCUCUGGUGCCCUUCAUCUCUGCUCCACAGAGUCUACAGGGUCUCAUUCAAACAAGAGUCACUGCCUCUUGGGAAUGUUUAUAUGUUUCUUGCUUCUGGCACUGGACCAUAUUGAACAUCUCUGAGCUCCCUGAUAACAUCUUUUUGCUAUCAAAUGGCAUAGGGAUGCUGCUGUUUAAUAUAAAAAGGAGUCAGGUUGCUGCAACAUCCCCUGUCAUCCCAGCUCAGUUGUCUUGGCCUCCCCUUUUUGUCACAGGUCCCAGAGAUGGAGUUCACCUGGAGAGGCAGAGCCAGAGUAUUUCCAUGUGUUUGGAACUACUCUGAGACUCCAUUUACCCAUCUGUACAAUGGGCCUCAGAAUAACAUCCUUUUUCCCAGAGGAAACUCAUCUAAAUGUGAUGGCACAGGCCCAGGCACUGGAAAUGUUUCACUUGAAAUACAACUACCUUGUGGUAAGAAGCAUUAACAAAUGGGACCAUUGACUUUUGCUUAUUUUUCUUAAGUGAAGUGUCAGCUGUUUCAGGGUCAGUGAUCAUUCACCACAUUCACUAUAUACUGUUAUUUUGGGCACCAAACACAGACUGUAAAUCAAAACAGGGCACCUUUCAAUUAUUUGUGUUAGCAAAAGGUAUGUUGAAAUCACAUGGUUGGCUCAAUUCUUGUUUUCAAAUAAAUAGUACCUAAAUGUUGCUUUAAGUCAUUUAAUUUCUCCUUGACACAUCUUCCAUCCCCCAUUUUCCAUUUUUCCUUGGGGGUUGAAGACCAUCAUGAUUAUUCCAGUCUCUGCAGUGCCUGUGUAAAUUACCAUCAGUCCAGCUAACUUUACCCACACCCACAAGAUGACAGAAUUGCAGAAAUUUUGCAGUGCUUGUUGAAAUCUUACUAGUCAGCAGUUCUGUGGGUUUCAGAGCUUUUAAAAUAAAACUUUCCAGGCUUGCUUAUUUGCACUGGGGUCAGCACAAGGUCUAUGAACCACUGCUGACUCUUUUUACCUUAAUUUACACCUCUCUUCAUAGUUUUAAAUUAAUUUUCUGCUUCAGACAGUGGCAUCACCUGAUCCACAGAUUUUGCACCUUACAUUACCCAACACUGGGUGGCUUUGACUUUCUUGUUUGUCAGUGCCAGCUUUAAAAACUCCCUUUGUUUGAGGUUUUAAAGAGAUACUAUAUAUAAAGGUAAGACCUUCAGGGGUCUCUACUUAGUUCCCAGCUCAGUCAAGACUUUAUCUCCCCUAAAAAAUAUCAUCAUACACUGCAUCUGUGACACUGUUUCAGAAAAAGGGGGAAUAAAACUCAUUUUCUUUGAGCCUUUUAUUUGCUUGCUUGCAUGGCCUUUCACCAUUGCUGCUUUGCUUUGUCUACAGAAGACGUAAAUCCAUGCCUCAGUUUAGGCUUCUGGCCACUGAUGUUGUAUAAAUAACAAUAAAAUGUGUAAGAAAACAUAUAGGAUUUUGUAUUUUUACAUUGCCAGGACUCUCAAAGGAUUUAACUGAAUGUUCUGAAAACAUGAUUCAGCCAUAAUACACCCUCAAAUGGCUCAUUGCACACAGUCUUUCAAAAAACAGGUUUAGGUUUAGCCUUUUGAUUUACUCCCUGUGACAAAAUAGCUACAGACUCCCUGGUGGUUUUUUUUUUUUUCUCUUUGUAUGUUUUUCUACUCACAUGCAGAAUCUGUUCACUACAGUGGACUAUUUCUUCAUGUGUUCAUUUCAUUUAAUUCUCCUACAGUAGCAAAGAUCCAGCUUUGCUCAUCUUUUCUUGCACAAAGAGAAGUUGUUUUCAGAAAAGCUGCCUGUUCUAGUUUAUUCCUGUAAUUACUUUGCCCAUUUUUUAUAUUAUUCUUUAGAAAUGCCUCAGGACAGCUCUCCAAAGGCAACAAAAGCAAAGUUUUUGAAAGAGAUUUCAUAGUGAACUUCAAAUGACUUCAGAGCAUUUGUAAAAAAAAAAAAUCACAGAAAGUGGAAAAUCUUUCUUCCUUGCCUAAUAUAUCAUUCUCUUAAUGCAAGACAAUUAUAAUUAUUACUGCUUUGUUGACUGCAGCUUAAACAUUUUAAAGAACAGGUUUCCACAUCUCCUGGGAGUAUUGUUGGGUAGGCUAACAAUGUUCUUUAAUUUUACUCUUGAGCCAAGCUAAAUAUUUAUUUUUAGUUCUAUAUUUAUAUAAUUCAAUAUUGUCACUGAAUAUUUGGUGUCACCUUUAACUGGCAGUAAGCUGACCUAUGUUUAUUAAGGUAAACCUGAAACCACUGAGCGAUAAUUUGGGAUCAUCUUCUCCUCAAGUGUAAUGGACUGAUCACAUUUUUGCAGUAACAAUUGGUUAAGAAAUCUCUCCUGUUCCAGAAGCAAAGACCCCAGUGUCUGAGCUGAGAAAGAGUAAUUCUACAGGGACUUGACACAGAAUAAAAACCUUUUAACUACAUCUGGUAAGGGGCAGUGAUACACAAAUGGCAGUAUAAAACUGUGCUUUUUUAUGUAUAAAGAACCUAAAUUCAGAGAAUUUGGAAUUUAGUGAAAUGUUACCCAUAGAGUUUUAAACUAUUCAUUUCACUCAUAGAUUUCUGAGCUAUGUCGGGUAGUGCUAUGAACAACAAUAACAUUCCCAGCUUCAUCAUCUCCAGGAAAGCAUUGCUUACAGCCACAAGAAACAAAAGGCUGCACCACUGCUCUUAAGCUCCACACAAAGCAAGCAAAAUACACUGUAAACACUGCUUAUCUGCUAACUGGGUAUCCCAACAUUAUUCAAAGCAGUGCUGCAACUGUCAGUACAGAAAUGUUGGAGGGAAAGAAAUGGGACACAGAGUUAAUCUGGCAGUCUGCACUAGCAAAGGGUGCACUGGCAGUAUGGAUCCAGUGCUUGUCCUGAAGCACUUCAGGGGAGAACAUUUCUCAGGAAGGUGGAAUAACUAAUUAACAGUCUUUAUAUCCAUUGCUGAGCAAAAGCCUCAGUGCUGCUGACAGACAAUGUAAAGGAGAAUAUACAAACUGCUUUAAAAGAUGUUGUCUGUUCCUAAGUGUUGUGACCAUAUUUAGCAGUGGCUGAGAUGGGCAGAGAGGCAGAAACAGCCUACAUAACAAAUUCUUCUCAGCAUUAUUUGCUUUUGCUGUUUGUCAUCAUAAAACACACAGUUAUCAUUGUUUGAGUAAUAGAGCUUUUACACAUUCAGCUUCACUGAUUUUUGUUGUUUUCCUGUUUUGUCAACAAAGGAAAAUCCACAUCAGGGUAUUGUAUUCCAGGAUGCCUGUACCAUUGUCUGCCAGAAAGCUGCCUGAGGUUUUCCAUACAGGCGAAAGAAAUUAUCCAUGAAAGAGCGAGGCAAAUUCAGCAGAAACCACAUCUCCCCUUGGACCUGUGCUUGUCAGCAGGUGAUAUGAUACAAGUUAUAGCAGGAGCUGAGAUUGUGGUGAUACCUUAUGUUUGAGGUAUAGUAAUGACCAUUUCUGUCAUAAUGGCAGAUGUUUCCUGCUAUCCACUUCAUAAGAAAAAAAAAAAAUCACAUUUUUUUGUUAUUUUGACACACAAAUCCAUUGUCUAUCUGUAGCUGGUAGAUUGCCUCUCUCAAAGUAUUAGCUCUCUCAUUGAUCUAUGUUAUCAUCUUCUCAUAAAGUAAAUUAAAUUCAGAUUUUUGGAAGAUAAAUUGUAUGAAUUAGUCACUCUACAUGACCUCCUUUGUUACUAAAAAAAAAUGCUUUUAAAUGUUCUUAAUCUAUUUCCUGAUAUUUAGCAUUUCUGUUUUUGAGUAUGUCAGACAGUAAAGUAUUCUGUAAUAUAGAUAGAAAUUCUCUUUAAGGGUCUCUGAAUUAACAUUUUUGUUAAUGCUAUGGAGUUAUAGUUCUUUACAGAAGCAAAAUCAUAUUGUAUAUUCUAUAGUGUUAUUUUACUAAAAAUUGCUUUUGAAGUAGUGCAAUUACUGAAAAGACGCAGAUUUUACUUUAAAAUAAGGACCCUUGUUUUGUAUUUUUAUUGUUUAUCAAAUGGUAAAAAAGCCAAUUUUUCUAGCAAAGAAAAGUAAGUUAUUGCAGCAUUGUUGCCAGUUAUUGCCAGUGGAAGUUACUGCAAAAUAAUCAACAAGUGUGGUUUGCUUAUGCCCAUUUCUUCCCGCAGUUUAUGUCAAUAUUCAGAGACCUCAUGUUUAUACAAAGGUACAGUUUCAGAGCUCUCAGCUGGAGAACGGAUGCCUAAACCACAGUGCUGGGGAGGAGAAACAAACCAGCCAUCUAAGCAUGUUUACUUCCAGCAACAAGGAAGUUCUAACUUGUUUCUAAGUGGUGACUCACUGGAUUGGGACUAUAAAAGUAAAGGUAGCUGCUCUCUAAAACAUCAGGGCUUCAGACUUCAGAAAUCCAACAUGAUGCAAUCAGGACUUGCUGCUGUUUUCUUUUUCUUGAUGGGUUUGUCAUUUUGCCUGACAAUCCCUAUUCCCCUUGAAGACAGCCAUGAAUUCACAGAAAGGGACCUUCAGUUUGCAGAGCGCUAUCUCAGGACACACUAUGAUCUCCGCCCGAAUCCUGCUGGCAUAAUGAAGAAGAGUGGGAACACAGUCGCAGCCAAACUUCGGGAAAUGCAAGCUUUUUUUGGCUUGGAGGUGACAGGAAAAUUAGAUGAAGAAACAUAUAAGCUGAUGCAGAAACCAAGAUGUGGUGUCCCAGAUGUGGGGGAAUAUAACUUUUUCCCUAGAAAACUCAAAUGGUCAAAAAUGAAUUUGACAUACAGAAUUAUGAAUUACACUUCAGAUCUGAAACGUAAUGAAGUAGAGAGAGCUUUCAAAAAAGCAUUUAAAGUUUGGUCUGAUGUGACUCCACUGAACUUCACCAGAAUACGAAGUGGUAUAGCUGAUAUCAUGAUCUCCUUUGGCACUAAAGAACAUGGUGACUUCUACCCUUUUGAUGGACCCUCUGGAUUACUGGCGCAUGCUUUUCCCCCGGGCCCAGACUAUGGAGGAGAUGCUCAUUUUGAUGAUGAUGAAGUUUGGUCAGAUGAUUCUAAAGGCUAUAACUUGUUUCUUGUUGCUGCCCAUGAAUUUGGUCAUUCACUGGGACUUGAACACUCUAGAGACCCUGGAGCUUUGAUGUUCCCAAUCUAUACAUACACUGGAAAAUCUGGUUUUGUGCUUCCUGAUGAUGAUGUGCAAGGGAUCCAAGAACUCUAUGGUGCUGGAGACAAAGAUCCCAACCCAAAACAUCCCAAAACACCAGAGAAAUGUGAUGUGGAAUUAUCACUUGAUGCAAUAACAGAACUUCGUGGAGAAAUGCUGGUCUUCAAGGACAGGUUUUUCUGGCGACUGCACCCUCAGAUGGUAGAGGCAGAACUAGUGUUACUUAAGUCCUUUUGGCCAGAGCUUCCAAAUAAAAUAGAUGCAGCUUAUGAAAAUCCCAUCAAAGAUCUUGUGUUCAUGUUUAAAGGAAAGAAAGUCUGGGCUUUGAAUGGUUACGACAUAGUUGAAGACUUCCCUAAAAAGAUAUAUGAAAUGGGAUUCCCAAAAGAAAUGAGAAGAAUAGAUGCAGCUGUCCACGUUAAAGACACUGGCAAGACUCUCUUUUUUACUGGAAAUAAGUACUGGAGUUAUGAUGAAGAGGCAGAGGUUAUGGACGCAGGCUACCCCAGGCUGAUAGAGGAAGAAUUCGCAGGAAUUGGUGAUAAAGUGGAUGCAGUCUAUGAAAGAAAUGGUUACCUCUACUUCUUCAAUGGACCACUGCAGUUUGAAUACAGCAUCUGGAGUCAAAGAAUUGUCCGUGUCCUGCAUACUAACUCCUUGUUUUGGUGCUAAUUACAGCUGAGUGCCAUGUCAUAGGCUGCAGAGCAGCUUGUAGUGCAUGGGAAUAUUAGUAAAGUGGGCAUUUAGGUGUACCAAAGGACAGCAAGGUUCUAUGAACAAGUACUAGGCUACCUACCACCAAAUGUACACUGUACAUAUGGACUUAUACAGCGGCAUGUCAGGCUGGAAUUGAUUUAACUUAAUAGGAAAGGAGAAAAGAAAUUGUUAGCAUUUCAAGGUGCAUUACACCAUUUAAAGUUUGUCUAGUAUUGGAGUGAUGCUGGAUACAUCACACGCUUUCAUGAACAUUAUUAAUUCCCAGUAUUCUGAGCACAUCUAGCACCUUUCAAGGAUCUCUUAGCAUAUCCCAAGAAAUAGACCUGGUAAACCCAGGAGCUUUAUGUUUUUAAACUAAUUCGUCUUCCCUUUUUGAAAUUCCUUUUAACAUACUGGGAAUUCAGAUGUGUAAUGAAUGAGUGAGGAAUGUAUGGUGACUCCCUGAGCAAGUAACACUAAGAAGCAAUGAUGAAGUUUGGGAAUUCAAAAGUAUUUGACUAUAUUGAAUGGGAAUAUCCCCCUGGAAGCAGAUACCUAUGUCAUGUUUAGAACAAGGAGAAGGUACAGAAGCAGUGGGAUGUCAUUCCAAAGCAGACAGGAAAGCAGAAAAAGGGAAAAGUACUCCCUGGAGAAAUUGUAAACCUGUAUGACACUAGGAAAACCAGAAGGAAGCAGCUACAAGAGAAUCAUGCAGGUUGAAACUGUGCAUGAUGCUACAUCUGGUAUCACAGAUCAGAUAUUUUCAGCUGGUGUUGACUGAAGUGACAUUUAUAGAGGUUAUGCCGGUGCCAGAAGAGAACCUGAACAUCCGAAGCAAAAUAUUGAAAAGAAUAUAUUUUUUCAUGUUGGCCACUCUUUUAAUAUCUAUAUUAGUUUUUUCAGUAUAUUGUAAUAUUUUGUUUUGUUCUGUUCUGUUUUGUUUUAAUCAAUGCAAAUGAUGUGGGACUGUGAUUAUUUUGAUUUUUAAAAAUAAUAUUAAAUAAACUGGAGGAAUAAAUUGA